AUGUGGCUGCUGUCCAUCAAGGAGUCAAAGCUGAAAGAGCAAGACAGAACAGCCAGCGUGCAUCAGCUUCUGUACUGCCGUGUUGGGAUUGGCUACCAUCUACAGAUCCUGACCAAUGGGAGUGUACGGGGGGUUCAUGAACCCACUGAACACAGUUGGUUGAAGGUGUUUGCCAUGAAGCACGGCGUUGUGGGCAUACGUGGCGUAAAAAGCGAACUGUAUUUAUGUAUGAAUAAAGAAGGAAUUGCACAGGGAAUGAAGCAAUUUUCACCUGACUGCCUGUUUAAAGAGAACCUGGAAGAGAACAAUUACACAACCUACUCAUCUGCAGUUUACCCAGGACUGUACCUGGCUCUGUCUCAGCGAGGCCAGCUCAGGAGAGGAAAUACGGUGGGCCCACAGCAGGCCUGCACCCACUUUUUGCCACGCAAGGCCCAAACAAACUAA